AUGCAUUCGGUUACUACUCGAUUUCAGGGUGUCUUUGGAUACCUGACUACAGUUGCGCUUGUGUUGGGUGCAGUUAUUGCGGCUUCAGUUUUUCUCCAUCCCGCGGAUCCCACAACCAGCAUAAAGCUCUCGAAUGUACAAGUAGUUAAGGGACGACCUCACUACUACGCUUCGAGACGAGAGGAAUACGCGCAAAUCAAAUUCGAUUUGGAAGCCGAUUUAACCUCCCUCUUCAACUUCAAUACGAAGCAAGUCUUCGUCUACGUCCUGGCCGCAUACCCAUCUGCCUCCAACCAAUCGGUAACCACUGAAGCAGUGAUAUGGGAUAAAAUUAUUCCAGCUUCUGUAUCACCGUACUCUCUAGCAUCUCUAAAGUCUCAGUUCCUCCCAGACACAAAAGCCUCGAAAACCAAACGAAAGACCCCAAAGAACAAGAACAAGUUGAAAGAAAACGAGAAUGAUGUACCUGGCAAAUUGAAGCUCCGAAAUCAAAAACCAAAAUAUCAGAUUACUGAUAUCUCGGGUUCUAUAGCGGAGAGGGAGGGAGUGCAACUGAUUGUUGGAUGGAAUGUUCAGCCCUGGAUAGGCGCAUUGCAGUGGAGUGAGAAUACGAAUAUGAAGAAAAAUGUUGGUGGCAUUUUUGGAAGAAUCUUCCUACUGAAUGCCGGCCCUAAGGGUGCACUUAGCGGGAGAAGUGAGCCUUUUAAUUUCCCGGCUUUGAAGAAGCCAAAGCCAGCUACCCCUUGA